UGGGGCCAUGUACCUUUUCAAAUGUAAACAGUGAAGGAAGGGGUUCAGUUCAACGUUAGUAAAAUUAACGUUUGCUAUAAAAUAACAUAGGAAACAGUUAACGUUACGUCAGUGCAAUUUUACAGAAUACAUGAGACUUAUUUUUAUCAAGAUGAAACGCUCCAUGAUUGAUCCUCAGUAUGGUUUUGAAGGCUAACGUUAAACGUCCAAGUGCAACACACGAGGAAGACAAUAACUUCCGGUUCACACAAAUCGGACAAAUUAAAUAUCAAAAUCAAAAUAUAAAUAAAAAACAAUGGUAACAGACAAAGAGAUUAUGUAGAUUAAUAGAUCAACUAUUAAAUGGGUAAAAUACUAAUCAGUAGCUACAAGGUAACUAUACCUUAUUGUUACAUUUGUUAAAUUGAUAGCUAAAAGUAAAGUAGUACAAAUUUAAAUUGUUAUGUGAUGAACAUUCAAAUAUAACAGAUUUUCUGGAAUCCAAAUUAUUUUAAUAGUUUGGAAGGUGCUGGUUAGUUGUGUGUACUUCAGGCUGCUGCCUCUGGGUGGCGCUAUAAUAAAAUGUAAUUCCACAUUUGAAGCAGUCCUCUCAAAAUUUAAGAGGUCUAGAGGUUUGCCCUCAUGAGUGAACAUGGCUAGUUAUCCUUACUAGAGUGAUUCGUUUUCAGACAAAUGAGCUGACUGCAGAGAUACACAGACAGAAAUAACAAUUAUUUGCAAUGUAAGCAAUGUGAAAUUUGAGUGGCUGGUUUCCAAGGGGUAGAUAACACAAGAUAAUGCUUUAAGAUUAUCUGAAAAAAAACUGCAGGGAUUUGUUUCCAUUUCUUAGCUUUGAUUUAAACACUGGGAUUUGGUAGAGUAGGUUAAUAUUGAGCUAUCUUGACAAACUCUCUCAAACAGAUUCACAACUUUAUACAUAUCACACACACAUUCAAAUUGUCUGCCAGAGCUUGUGAGGCUGCCAAUAGUAAGAGGGAAGGGAGUGAGAGCUAGAGAGAGCUAGAGAGAAGAAACAGAAACAGGGAGAGGGAGUGGGAGACGGGGAGAAAGAGUAGCGGGAGGGAGAAAGGGUGAUGAUAAAACUCCACUGUGAUCCCUCCUGUAAGCUCAGUCAGACAGCAAGGGAGCAACUGAGACCAGAGAGACUGGGAGCAACGGAGCAGGCGAGAAGAGACCUGCCACACAUCAAAUCUCAGCACGUGGCCUUGGACUUGUUGAUUUGUUGGGACCAUCAGUAAGCAGCACCUGAAUCGAGUCCUCCAGAAGCAGGAGAGCACACUGCUGUAAAAGUGUGCCUGUGUUUUGUGUAACAAGUGUCAGUUCUUCAAGAAGAAGAAGAAGAAAACGGAUCUGAACUGGACCUCAUCCAUCUCCUCCAGGCCUUUGUUCACUCUGCAUCCCUGCAGGGGGUUGGCGUUCCAAUUGACAGAUUGAUCUACUGAUGAGUGUCCAACUUUUGUGAAAGUUUCAGCUUUUUCGGCACUUUGCAGGAGACUGGAUCCAGAGCUCACUGUAAGAGACAGCAGGGAGAGAACGGUGGGGUGAAGAAGGAGAAUAUUGCCAUCCAUCUCUCAAACUCCCACAGCCCACCCUCAGCUUUGGACGCCCCUCCUCUGCGCCUCUUCUUUUGCCCACUUGUCUCCCCCCUCCUCUCCUCUACACCUCACACCCCAACAGAGCAGAAAGCGUGAAAAAUCUCACUAAUGGGUUUAUUUGCUGUCAGAUCUGUGCCGAUCUGUCAUUCUCUUGGACCGUUCUGCUUGACAAAUUUCAUAGUUGAGUAAGCCUCCUGGCACUGUGUCUAGAGUUUUACCAGUGCCCCUGCAACGUUGUGCUGACUGAGAGCUCAUCAAGAGGGGAGCAACGGUGGUACCACUCAGUCUGACAGUCUCUUGGACAGGGAGUCCCUGAAGCUGCAUUGCUCUGGUCUCCUUCACCCCUGUUGGGACUCCAGUGUGUGUGUGUGUGUGUGAGAGAGCCUUGUAAGCAUCCUCAGCUCCUGUCCAAUCACACAGCUAGUCCAUCACAUAAGGUCCAGUUUAUUCCGGGGAUUCAGUUGCGGAUCAAAGGAGUGUGAAGAUGUGGUGCGGGGCUGGGCCUCUGGCUGUGGUGGCUGCAGUGUUUUGGACUCAGUGUGUCCUACUGGAUGGGGUGGAUGCCAAGAAAGAGAGGAAGAGGCUAAAGGAGACCACCCCACAACACACGGAGACGUACAAUUCAACUCUCUCCAACAGCGAAGAAGUUGGUGAAGGCAUCAAGGUUUCUGACAACCAGCGAGUCGACCCGCUGGGAUCAUGGAUGGACUUUGUCAAAAGACCUGUUGGCAAUUUCCCUGGAAAGUGUCGCAAACGCAAGCGUCCCCUGCCGGGCCCACCUGGUCCUCCAGGUCCUCCUGGCCCACAGGGACCUCCUGGCUCUCCUGGGGCUGAAGUGACUCAGGACGUUCUUCUACAGGAGUUCAAAGAGAUGAUCAAAGAAGCUACAGAGCGGAGAACAGCAGCACUGGAGAGACAAGCCAGUCCCAGCCAGCUACCAACAGCUCUGCUCACCCUGGAGGGGAUGACCUCCUACAGGCGAAUAGAGGAGGCUUUCCACUGCAAGCUCAAGGGGCCUGUGGUGGUGGAUAAGAAGACUCUGGUGGAGCUCCAGAACUUUCAGACACCGCCUGCUAAAGGAGCCUUCCUCAGAGGGUCAGGAAUGGACCAGUCUACUGGGAGAUUCACAGCUCCUGUCACAGGAAUCUACCAGUUCUCUGCUAAUGUCCACAUUGACCACAAUGAAGUGAAGAAGAACAAGAGUCAGCUGAAAGCCAGAGACAAUGUGCGGGUGUUGAUCUGCAUCGAAUCUCUCUGCCACAGAUACACGUCACUGGAGAUGAUUGUCGGAUUAGAGAGUAACAGUAAGAUAUUCACGGUCAGCGUGCACGGGCUGCUGGAGCUGCAGGCUGGGCAGUACACCUCCAUAUUUGUGGAUAACGCCGCCGGUGCUUCCGUAACAAUACAGAACGGUUCAGAUUUCAUGGGCAUGCUGCUUGGCGUAUAGCCCCUCACGAGAGCGAGGCUUCAAACAGUUCACUGCUGCCGUUUUGCUUUUCCAUUUCACACGGACUGCUUGUAAGCACCAUCACACAGAACCAAACCCCAGGGGGGAUUUGAAGGAAGGAAGGCUGACAUUGACUUGACAGCUUGUCAGAUGGUGAAGGACAAUGUGAAAAACUAACGUUUUCUACAGUGCACCACGACUUCCCCUGAGGAACCUGGUCGUCUGUGGCUUCACCAAUAAAAUAACCUGUAUGAAACACAGUUGAAUAUGUGUUUGACUGUAUAUUUCUCAUGAUUCUUGGUCACUGAGCGCUGUGGCUGUAGCCGUGACUAAAUAUCAAUUAUUUUUUUAUGUUCUCUGUAUAGCUGUUGUAAGACCUGGGGAACAUGAAAGAGUGUUCAGUGACACGGUUUUCUGUCUCCAUGAUCUCUUGUAUACACACUCAUGGUUUGUAGUUAUUGUUUUUAUUAAAUCUUACAUUUAAAUUAUAUGGUACAUAGACUCUGUGAGUACACUGGACGAUGGAAAUAUGCUCCACCAACAUUACGGUCAAAGUACAGCCACACAGAGCUGCUAGCAGAGUUGAACGUGUAUGGCGUACUCACACUACAGUGAAUAAACGUGUCUACAGUAUAGUAUUGUGUGUCGUGCAAUGGUUACAGUGGUAAUGUUGCUUGUAGAAGAGACUCAACCUAUUUUUGUAACUGUAAUCUAUAGCUGCAUCUCCACCGACAUACGUAUAUAUAUAUAUAUAUAUAUAUAUAUAUAUACAUAUAUAUAUAUAUAUAUAUAUAUAUAUAUAUAUAUAUAUAUAUAUAUACAUAUAUAUACAUAUAUAUAUAAAGAAAGAUGACGCAGCUCAUGACGUGUUUGGACUUUUGGUAAACCCACUCUCUACAGACUGCACUGUGGACAUUUGUGCAAAAGCUGUUAUUCCAUGUUUAUGUGAAUAUGCCUCGUUGAAAUGUCUUAAACACAUCUGCAUACACCUUUUCACUGUACGGUGGCUUUAAAAGAAUGAUUUUCGCGGGAGGCUCCAGUUUAUUUCUACAGUCCCUUUGUGCUCUCACUUAUUAUCUUGUUUAUUUUUCUGUGUGUCCUUCUCUUCCUGACAUUUAAAUGUUUGUAAUUUAUCGUAGCUGAUUUACCAAUAACUUCGGAAAAGGACUGAAAUUCCAUGUGGUAUUUAUGUGUAACACUCUUGUGGACUGCUGAAACCACAGAUUAUUGCAAGAAUGAAAUUAUAUGUUUUUACUUAUUAUUACCCAUAAUAUUCUGUACUUUAAAAAUUAAACUAUUAAAUAACAUCACCAUUUUGGUCUCUGCACCUAAUAGCAAUGCUUAUUCAUGAAAACUGCACUGAGAUUCAUGUGAUUCCUACGUUGGAUUUGUCAAAACAUGACUUCAUUUACCUGUAAAAUAUUACUGAAUGUUUGAAAACAGAAAACAUCAUUCACUGUUACAUUUUUGUUUUAAAGCUAGAUAGCUGCGGUCCAUCAGCUGCAGCAGAGAAAGCAGAACUUAUUUGCUGUUCUUCAAUAUUAGUUUUGUGGUAUCUAAGGCUUUAAUAACAAGGCUCUAAUAAGGUCUUAGACUUUAUGGCACUAAUGGCUGUAAAAUGAACUUGUCAGCCAACAUCAUUGCAUGGAUAUAAUAUAAUAGAGGCUUCUCACUGAAGCAUUGCUGAGAUGCCAAGUGUCACAUACUGUACCCAAGGAACAACCACAAGAACGUUGCACCCAUGUGCUAUUUCAGCUGCCCAGCGUAUACUGUAGCGCCACUCUCUCAGACAGACAGGACUUGCUUACUGAAAAGCACAACAAACACUUAUUUUUAAACGACAUUUUAGGUAACAUCUUGUAUUCACCCCACGCCUGUGUGUUUAGAAAAUGACAUGAAAAAAAGGAUCAUGAAAAAAGCCCAGCUUUUAUGUUGUUUAAAGUUUCUUUUUUUUGUUUUUUUAAAGUGUCUUUCAACAUGUUUAACGCAGCAGGGAUGAAAGACGACACAUUUCAAAUAAUAUUUGCCUUUUCAUUGCCCAAGAAGCAAGAGAAUGGCACAUACUUGUGA